AUGCCUCAUGACGCCGUUAAUGAUACCAAAUGCGAUGAGAUGGAUGCCAGGAAUCCACCAAAGCCCGGAAAGGACAUGCGUUUGCGAAAACAAAUUGUCAGAGGUGUUUCAGAAAAUUUUUUUCUUUACGUAAAACAAGGCGAUUCGGUCGCAUCAUAUUGCAUCGUGCAACAAGCAGGAACCUUUGAUAUCAGUGAUGGAUUGAACGUUGUGGAAACGUCACCGCGGUCAUUCAAAAGAACUUAA